UGCGCUCGGGGCGGGGGGCCCCGCUGGCUGACUCCCCGCGUCCGCCCCGCAAAGCGCGUCUGCGCGCCGACGUCUGCGAGUGCGUGGCCCGCGCGGCCAGAACGUGGCGUGGGCGUCGGACGUUCUUGCGGAGGGAGUCCGCGUCUUGCCCUAGUUCUGGGCGCGCGCUGGCUGCGAUUGUUGGGGUCACCGAGGGGAGUGAUUGCGCCUGAGAGCCCAGGGCCCACCACACCCAGUCCUUCCGUGCCCAGAGUUAACCGCAGACCCUCCUCUUGGCAGCAUCCAGAGAGAAAAAUACCCGUCUUCCUAGAAUAUGGCAGGUAAGAAAGUGCUCAUCGUCUACGCGCACCAAGAGCCCAGGUCUUUCAACGGGUCCUUGAAGGACGUGGCGGUGGCUGAACUGAGCCGGCAGGGCUGCACCGUCACCGUUUCUGAUCUCUAUGCCAUGGACUUUGAGCCGAGGGCCACAAGGAAAGAUAUCACCGGCGCCCUCUCCAGCCCCGAGUUCUUCAGCUACGGUGUGGAAGCGUACGAGGCCUGCAAGACGAGGUCUCUGACCAGCGACAUAAUCGCGGAGCAGAAAAAGGUUCAGGAGGCCGACCUAGUGAUGUUUCAGUUCCCGCUGUACUGGUUCAGCGUGCCGGCCGUCCUGAAGGGCUGGAUGGACAGGGUGUUGUGCCAGGGCUUCGCCUUCGACCUCCCGGGCUUCUACGACGACGGCCUCCUCAAGGGUAAACUGGCCAUCCUGUCCUUAACCACGGGCGGCACGGCCGACAUGUACGGGAAAACUGGAGCCAGCGGAGACUUCCGAUACUUCCUGUGGCCCCUCCAGGAUCGCCUGGAACCCUGGCAAGAGGCUCCCCGGCCCGCAUCCGACAGCCUCGUGAGUGGGCACGUCUCCAUGGAGCCAGGGGCUGGGCGCCUCCCCGGAGCCCACCCCCACUCCAGGAGCCCAGGACUCGGCUCCGGGCCGCGCUCCCAGGUGGACGCCGGGCUGCCUCUGCUCCCUGGGCCCGGGGUCGGCGAGGACGGCGGUCAGCGGAAGCGCCCUGCACGGCACGCUGCACUUCUGUGGAUUUAAAGUCCUUGCCCCUCAUAUCAGUUUUGCUCCUGAAUUUGCAUCAGAAGAAGAAAGAAGGGGGAUGGUGGCCUCCUGGGCGCAGAGGC